AUGGCCCACGCAAUAUCCAUCUCUUCCAAGGCUCCGGUCGUAUUUGUCUACUGUCAACCAGAGGCCCGUUCAGUAAGACUUCUACAGUUUGCAGAAUUCUGCGAGCACAAAGAUAUUAUUGGCUUCAAAACCAAACUAGUGCCUGUAUACACGAGGCCAAGAGCAUGCCCAUCCUUUAUCAAUCCUCUCCUCUUGCUUCCCAACCACCAUCCUAUGCCCAGGGAACGACUCAUAGCUCGACAAAGGCUCAUCAGGAUUUAUGAGGAUGGUUAUGUCGAGGCUUCCGUGACAUACCUCGAAUCUCUCGAGCAGGAAUGGGUAACCUAUCCUUUCGUGCUUGAGUUGUAUUUCAACAUGCUAGUGCAACUUUACCAGACCCGAUACCUCAAACCCAGGACACAGAUUCCCUUUUUAACAGGUUUGAGGGACAGAGUCCUUAUGAGUUAUGACCCUAACUAUUUCAAGGACAUUGUACGGCUCACUCCUGACCAGUUCAACCGAAUAUUAGGAAUGAUCAGGAAUAACCAACGCUUCCGGUCCGCUGAUAGGCAGCUCCCAGAGGAAAAAAGCAUAACCUACCUGAAAGUGGAGCUGUUUCGUCCCGGAACCAGAGGAUUACCGAUCGAGAAGGUUGCAUGGAUCUUUGGCGUCAACCGAGGAGCGGUUCAAGAGGACACAUGGCGGUUUAUCAAGGCGCUCAACGGAUUCAUGCCCCAGUUCGUAGUAUAG